AUGGAGCGUGCCGCGCAGAACAAGCCUAUACCCGACGCGGGGCUCAAGCGGCUGGUGACAAGACUGGAGCUCAGGGUUGUCGUUGAUGAGAGACUUGGCUUCGCCGGAUGUCUUGGCCAUGCUGUCAGCGUGGAGAACUACAUAGACAAGUUAAGAGAGAGGAGCAGAAUAAAACAGGAGUCUGUCGAAGAACAAAGGACAAAUACGUCGAGGGCGAUGCUAGAGGAACAGAGGAAAGCAAGCGCGCUGUCGAACCUCCUCGUGACGACCGCAUCCUCGAUUCCCGAACCAACAAACCUGUCGCGAAUCAAAUACCUCAAUUAUCGAACUUCCGAGAAGCACAACCUGAUCACCGACCAGCCAUGUCGGGAUCCGCGAGAGAGCACGAGGUGCGGGCGCUGGGAAGACUGCGCGAGGACAUGGCCGCAGGCACCCAAGAUAUCCACAACGAUGGCGAGGGAGCGCUCUGUGCGGUGUUUGCAAUCGCGGACAGCAUAG